ACAUUAAAUUUGGUACCGAUUUUAUAUAGGUAAUUGUAAAUAGUGUACUUACUUCUCGCACUUUCAAAUACACACCGUUCCCAAAAUGAAGCAAAUAAUUUUUUUAACGGUUCUUUUCGCUGGUGCGUUUUGCAGCAGGGUGAACCAAGACAUCAUUGAGACGUCGAUCGAUCCCUACGUUUUUGAAGAUAUUAUUAACAGCACUAUCGAAGGCUACAGACCCGACAUCCCAGAUCCCCUUCUGAUUGACACUUACGAAAUUUCACUUCCUGCCGAAGAAGACGCAGUUAUUGUAGGCAAUGGCACCAUCAGUAACUUAGAUCUAGCUGGACUUCAAGGCUUCCAGGUGUCAGCUUUAAAUUUCGCUAUUAUAGGAAUGACUCUAAACUUUACAAUUGACCUACCGGUACUUGAUUUAUUUACUGACUUCGACCUAGAUUUGCUUAUUGCUGACACUCUGGCUAUUUGGGGAGUCGGAAAUAUUACGGUUCAUCUUGACGGACUGUCAAUUGACGGAAGUGGUCAAGCUAACCUCACCGGAGGGAUACAAGUCGAAAAUCUACGGCUAACGGUUUCGUUGCAAAAUGCUACGUUUGACAUUCACGGUUUGCUUGACGAUGAAGAUUUAAGUGAGCUUCUGUCCGACAUACUUAAUGACUUAGCAGUUAACUUAAUCGAUGAGAAUCAAGAACUGAUAUCGGAAGUUAUUAGUCCCAUUGCUGAGACUCUUAUUAAUGAAAUUCUGGCAAGUAUGUCUGCGACUACAACUGUAGCUCCCGAGACUACUCCUGUAGGGAUAAAGUAGAAAUGUAUUUUCUGUGUUUUUGUGAAAUAAAGAAAAAGUGACUUAUAUGUAUAA